GUGACGGGUGCACCGCCUGUAUGUACGGAUCCAUGGGCGGUCGUUGUCCCUCCGAGGAAGCGACGAGCCAGCCAGCAAAGGCAGAUUCAGCUUGGGAAGAUAUUCAUUUUGAGAGGUUUCAUGAGCCCCGGAUGGCACUUGUUGGCUGGUCGAUUGCGAUCUCUGGCUCUGUUGGUUCAUUCCCCGUUCCAGCAUGCGCCCGCUCCUCUCCAGCGCGCUGGUCCUCGCCGCGCUGGCCGCGACUGGCCUUGCGCAGGUAGAGCCCAAUGUGACCGAUACCACGACGCCCGUGACACUGCCGCUGACGCCGACAACGGUACCAACGGUGACGACGCCAACGCCGCCGCCGUCCCUAACGUCACGUGCGCCCGUGACGACGUCGCCGACGCCAUCCACGACGUCCACGACGACCACGCCGCCGCCCAACGGGACGGUGGUGACGCCCAUCGUACCUGUCACGUCGCUGCCCGGCAACAACACGAAUGGCUCGUCCGGGUCGGUGACGCCGGCGCCGACGACCAACCUCGUGAGCGUCCAGUGCCCGUUCGUCUUUUCGUCGGCGAUUCUCUCGACGCAGAUUGACGUGGUGCAAGACACGACGACCGACACCAACACCAACAGCAGCAGCAACAGCUCGACCAACGUCAUUACGCUCUCGCCGCCGACGAGCGUCCCGGGCCCGAACCCGAGCCCGAGCGCCUCGAGCGGACCGUCGCCGUCGACAGCAACACCGACGCCGUCCAAGACGACCAAGAGUCCCAGCGCAACGACCGGUCGCCCGACGUCGACGCCGACGCCGUCGCCCAGCCUCCGUCGGCGACUGACGACCUCGGGUGGGUUCUCGUGCGACGCAGCGUUCUACGGCAAGUGGAUCUCGAGUGGGCUCAAGUGCGGCGGCAAAGACCUCGAUGUCAACCAAGCCGUCGCCGCGGCGGCCUGUGCCACGUACAAGGGCGAAGUCCCGCUCUCGGGCGUCACGCUCGACGCGUGCCUCUCGACAUGUCUCUUCCCGUCGUGCGUCAACGACAUGUGGGACUAUGCGAGCAGCGGCAGCGGUCUCGGCAGCGCCAUCUACAACAACGUCGACUUCUCCCAGUGGCUCACGCCCGCCAUGAAGACCAAGCUGCAAGAGAAGACGCAAGGCGCAGUGACGCUCCAGAAGUUCUCGAUGGCCAACGCCAAGACGUGCUCGUCGUACAACACGUGCUCGUGCCCGACGGUCCAGAAUGCCAAGACGCCCAACAAGGACGGCCAGAACCCCAGCGCCAAUAACCCUUCAGCGAGCCUCAUCAGCAACUGGGUGCCGUCGACGCGCAUCGAGCAAGCGGCGGUCGUCGCCGCCAGCGUAUCGCAGACGACCGUGUACGCGUCCAUUGCAGUCUCGGCGACGACUGCGGUCGCCACGUCCGUCGGUGCCGUCGGCUCGUCGGCGGCCACCGCGUCGUCUCUCGGUGCGGGCUCGUCCGUCGCACUCAACCUCAUCGGCGUCGCUCAGUUCUGCGUGAGCACGUCGCAGCUCAACGUCGCCAACAUGCCGGCGGUCAUCACAAGCAUGGGCGCCAAGCUCUCGUUCACGACGCUCUCGUUCCUAGUCUGGGACGGCGCCAAGCCAGUGGCAUCCAACGACACCUCGUCUGCCAACAGCACGGCGCGCCGCCUCGAAGUCACCGGCGACAACUCGAUGACGGGCAUGGAGCGCUACGCUCUCUCGAUCGGCAUUGCGCCCAACAAGCUCUUGUACGUGACGAUCGUGGGCUUGAUCUCGCUGGUCGGCGCGCUCGGCGUGCUCCUCGGCCUCGCGCUGCUUGGCGGGAAGCUCGUUUCCAAAGAUUUCCCCGCCUUCCAGAUCAAGGUCGUCGACCACGCCAUCGGAGCGCUCGUGACGCUCCUGAUUGUGAGUCAGUAUGCGAUCGGCGUCACGGCUACGUUUGAGAUCAACCGCGUGUACCGCGACAGCGAGUCGCUCGGCGUCAGCGUCUUUGUCGCCGUCCUCUCGCUCUUUGUGUUUGCGAUUGGCAUCAUGGUGUACGGCUACUACAUUGUCCGCCAGCACGAAGACGACAUUGUCGACAUUGGCAUGAAGGACCACUUUGAAAAGAAGGUGCACCGCCGGUACGGGUGCCUCUACGACGAAUACAACUACGAGAACCGGUUCUUCUUUGUCGUCAAGAUGCUCCUUGCGCUUCUCUGCGGCAUGACGACCGGCAUGGCCAACUGGACUGGGUUGGCCCAAGUGAUUGUGCUCAUGGCGCUCAACGUUGGCUUUGUGCUCUUUUUGGAAGUACGCCAGCCGCACUUGGCCAAGUUCGUGCAGCAAACGACGACGCUCAUCACGAUCAUGAAGAUCGCGUCGCUCUCGCUGACGAUCUUCCUCCUUACGACGCUCGUCGGUCUGCCCGAGACGGCGCGCAACGUUGUGAGCACGGUCAUUCUCUCGCUCCAGGGCCUUGUCGUCGUCUUCCUCCUCGUGCGCCAAGUCUUUAUCUUUUACCGACAAUACAAGCUCAAGAAGGAGACGAACGACAACGAUGAUGCCGAGACGGACCGCGCCGGCUCGAUCACCAUGUACUACAACCAGACGCAGCCGACGCCGCCCGACCAGCUCGACCAGCGCGCAGCGCCCUCGCAUGAGAAGCGACUGCCGCCGCUCGGCCAGAACCCGCGCCAGCCGUCGUUCGAAGCCGGGAAAGAGUAUUACCUGUAGAUAGUUAAUACAUGCAAGGUUGACGAGAUGCUCGAGCUCGAAUUACUGCAGUA